AGUAAAAAUGAGUAGUCACUACGCAGGUGCCGACUGAGGAUAUACGUAACCCUACCUUCUCCCUCUUUUCUUCGGCAUUAUAACCCUGUAUCCCGUUAACGAAGGUAGUUCUAAAGCCAUGGCUGAGUGUGAUCCGAGCUGCUGUGAUGGAAACUUUGGAAAGUACAAUCAGAGUUGACGAUUUCACUGCAAAACUAUGGGACAUUUAUUUGGCUGUUCGUGAGGAAGGAGUGAGUCAGAUAUGUUCUGGGAGAACUUCGAAAACCUGAGUUACUCCACCAUCUACCUGAAAAUAAUGCUCUUGCUGAACUGUGUGGAGGGAUGAUAUCUGCUUGGGAAAUAUAUGGUAACAAAAAGGCUGUAAUAAUGUUUGUGAUAGAAGAUGUUACCUACAACAUAUGUGAUCAGCGUUUUCAUGAAUAUGAGAUUCGACGACAGAGGCCGGAUGUCCAUGUCAUUCGUCGGAACCUCACACAGAUCAGUAAAAAUGGGAAGUUAACUGAUGAUAAAAGAUUGAUAAU